AUGUCUCUGAUCAGCCGGCUCGGGGUGACAGCCAGGCUCUCUUCUCGACUGCGUCGAGCCUACGGCUCAAAUGCGGCGGCUCAGCUGGACUACUAUUAUUACGAUGAGGAAGAGGAGGAGGAGGAGGAGGGGAAGAUGAAACGGGCAGAAAUGGCGGAAUCGGAGUUCUGGGACAGUUCGGGGAGAAGUGUGCAGUGGGUGAUAAUGGGCGAUCCAACGGUCAUACGUCAUGUAUACGCCCAGCGGCUCGCCAAGCUUCUAGACGUUCCUCAUAUCUCCAUGGGCUCUCUCGUUCGACAGGAACUCAAUCCUAAUUCUCCUCUCUACAAAAAGAUUGCUGCUGCUGUGAAUCAAGGGAAGUUAGUUCCAGAGGACAUAAUAUUUGGUCUUUUAUCCAAGCGGCUAGAGGAAGGCUACCGCGAAGGUGAAAAUGGCUUUAUUUUGGACGGGAUCCCUCGAACGAGGAUGCAAGCUGAAAUACUAGACCAAAUUGCCCACAUAGAUUUGGUGGUGAAUCUUAAGUGCACUGAGGAGUCUGUGAUGAAGAAAACUUUAGGUGGUGGAAUUUAUUCUUCUCCUCUCAAUCUCAAUCUUCAGCCAAAUGCAGGUCCUUGUCAAUCUUCGAGUGUUGACUCAGAUCCCAACUGGAAGGAGAAACUUCACAUGUUUUCCGAGAAGAGGAAGCCCCUGGAGGAAUACUAUAAGCAACAGAAGAAGCUUGUGGAGUUCCAGGUGGGUGGGGCACCUGGGGACCCCUGGAAUGGCCUUUUGGCUGCAUUGCACCUGCCACACAUGAAUACUAAUAAUGUUGUCACUUCACCACACAAGUUGACGCCAUGA